AUGAAGAUGGUGUGGGACCAUUCCAAGAUUUGCUUGGACAUGGCAUGCUCAGCUGGCCCCCUUCAUGUGUAUGUUACCUUUUCUCGGAUUGAGGAAGGACAAUUUGAAUCCAACACCUUCAGCUGGGAGACACUUUACCAACUGAAUUACCAGUUCAAAUGCAUGUUACCUAUUGGUUAGGAGGAGCUUGUUAUCGAGCACGUGGGAGAGUGCUCUCAAUUUCUGUCUGAUCUCUCUGAAGUAGAAGUACUUUGACCUCAACUAUUUGUAUUUUUUUUUUUUUGCAUAUCUUGAGGUCAAUCUAUUUGCAAGUGAUACAAAAUGAGUGGGUAAAUUCAUAUUAAGAAAUGCCAAAUCCUGGG